CUGUCCGGUUUCGACUAUUGUAUCAUUGAUGUUUCUCUUGAGGUACAUUACAUUUACGAUUUGAGUCGCAUUGUGAACAAUGUAAUAUAGAGCGAACUGUUUUUUAAAAAAAAAAAGUAGGAAAGAUAAGGGACAACUAUAUGGAUACAUCUUAGUGCCAGUUUCGCUAAUCAAAAUUGAAUCAACCAUGAAGUGUGAAUGGAAAACAUUUCCAACUUUUGCUCUGUUACUCUUAUCCGGUCCAUUCAUUGGGACAAUUGUUGGAAACUAUUAUAUUUGGAACUACCAAUAUUGGUGGAUCCCAUUUUCUGAUGUGAUAUACGAGGAUAUGAAAAGUUUGAAUGUAACAUGCAAUGGUAUGGAUUCCUGUGAAGUUCCUAGAACUAACGAAGCUUGGAAUUAUAACUGCAACUGUGACGAAACCUGCAGUUUUCUUGGAACUUGCUGUGUCGAUUCGAAGUACAGACAAAAAUAUAAACAAAAAUAUCUGAAAAACGUUGAAUGCAGACAGUUGAACAAUAACCGCCAAUUUUACUACCCGUUGAUAAAUAACUGCAAUCCCUAUUUGCAAUACGACAAUACCACCAAAGAGCUUUGCGAAGGCAGAGGUGAAUAUUUAAACGAUCCUUUUCUGGACAUACUUGUUACUGAUCCUGCAACGGGUAUUACAUACAAGAACUAUUACUGCUUUGUUUGCAAUGAAAACUCUGGCGAAGAACGACUUAUACCAUGGGAUGUAGUCCUAGGAGGUGAUUUAGAAAAAGUUAAUAAAUCCGAAGAACUACCGAACUUGCAAAAUUUUGAGCGAGACUCCUGGAGAUGGGUUCUGGAUGACGAUAACGUCACCGAAGUCAGUUUGUUUCAUGCUUUACCUGAAGUGUUAGAAGACUGUCUGCCGUAUUGUUAUGCCUUCAAUAUCGUAUCAGAAUGCGCGUUGAAUUGGACUGAUGAAAAUGUAAGAACGAUGUGCCAUGAGUAUAUGGCUCUUACAAGAUUUCGAAGUGAGGAUUUGCACAAGCACAGGUAUUACCGAAACCCACAUUGUGCCAUAUGUAAUUAUGAGAAUAUGGAUGACAUGGUUUGUAUGAUAGAGGGUGAGUAUAAAACGAGUGCUCCCGGAGGGUUAAUUCCUACUGGUGACUAUUUUGUCAGGUUAUUCUCUCUUCACGACAAAGCGAGUUAUCAAUGCAGUGGCAGAAUGGUCUAUGAUCAUUUUGCAAAGAAAUGCAGAAGAUUAUACACAGAUAAAAGGAGGCGACAGGAUGGGGGUCUUUCUGGAUGAGCGAGAAACACAAGGUUUUCCCCUAUUGCAUUUAAGAGCACCCCUCAGUCAUUCUAUACAUUCGAUACUUGAGAAAAGGAAUUUUUUUAUUUACAUUGUAUUAAGUAUUCUAACAACAACAGGAUUCCAGUAGUAAAUAAAGAUAUCCAGAACCUGUACCAUGAUAAAUAUUUAGUAUUUGUUGCAGAAUCAUAUCUGUUAUAAAAAUAUAACAUGUUUCUAAGUGCCUGUUACGAAAUUAUUAAGCGAAAGUUGCGAAUUAGUUGUAGUUUCAAAAACUUAUUUUUUUCUUGAAGUUUUGUACACACUGUACUUUAAGAAUGUUUGAGCAGUUCUAAAUAAAAGAAGAGCAAACUUC